GUUCGGGUCGGGUCACGGCGCAACGCGCUACUAAAAUAAAAAUCAGCUGUGAGAGAGAAAAAGACUGAUUUGAUAAUGGACUUGUAAUUGUGUAGUGAGAACUUUUAAAGUGUAUUAAAAUGUGGGGCGAAAGCAGUCAGAGUUGUGAAAAUAACUGCCAGUGCUCUGGCCUCAUCACAGACACCUUCACCAUCAACAGCGGCAACAGCGCCAGCAAGCGGCGGCGCGAUGAGGCGCUCCUGAGCAGCUUCAAGAAUAAGAUGACACCGCACAGCCUGAACCUGUCACCCAAGUCCCCGACGCCGCCCAAACGGAGGUUGGGAUCCAAGGAGAACUGCUCGCCUAAUGUUGUACAAGUCCAGUACCUAGACUUGGCUCACGAGAUAACCAACAGCGCCAGCAACCGGUGCGAUGAGGCGCUCCUGAGCAGCUUCAAGAAUAAGAUGACACCGCACAGCCUGAACCUGUCACCCAAGUCCCCGACGCCGCCCAAACGGAGGUUGGGAUCCAAGGAGAACUGCUCGCCUAAUGUUGACUUAAGCUCUCUCACCCGUUCUCCACUCUUUAAGCUGCUAGAUACACCAGUGUUUGAGUCCCCGGUGAGCAGCCAGCGGUCCUUCAAGAAGAUUAGCAGGAUUUUCGAGGAGCGGAGUCGUUUCAAGAUGGAGAGUGAGAGGUUUGAGGAGGAGACUAGGGCUCCGUUCCAGUUUGAGCAGGAGAACUGGACUGCGACUAAGUUGGACUUCACCGACGUUCUCCAAACGUCAUUCAAAGAAGAUUUUAAGACUGAAGACACUUUCGUCCCAGAAAAAGAAGAAUUGGACCCAGAAUUCGACACCCUCCACGACCUAGAGGAAGAAUUUGAUAACGACACAUUCGAUCAAUGUAACAAGUAUGAAAUAAUCUCCACGGACAGCCCGGAUAUCAUAUCUAGAGGCAGAAAUCCUUCAAACAGAAAAAUUAAUGGAAGCUUCGUCUUCGGAGCACCUUUAGCGGACACAGAACAGUCCACCUCCUUCAACCGGCCAGCGAGAGCCUUAAACUUUGAGGACAGCUUCGAAUUCCCUUCACCGGUCAUCAAGAAAAGCUCAAGCUCGGGCUCUGUUAAAAAAUCACUCAAAUUCAGCGAGACACCAACGAAGGACUCAAUGAAGCGGUUAUUCACUUCGGAAAGCACUACUUCAAUGGAAAGCGGCUUUGUAUCCGAGUUUGAUGACCAGCUUUUAGAUAUUGAAGAAUCUAAUUCUCCUAAAGUAGCUAAUUUUGAUAAUUUGCUAUCGGGACAGAUUAAGAAUAACGUUAUAAGUAAUGUUAAGCAGCCGUUAUAUAGGAGUAAAAGUUUCAACCCGGCCCAGUCUAAAGCGAGGGUGUCUCUGCUGUCCAUAUUGGAGUCUCCGCAGAAGAGGAGUCAGAAGAGGACGGAGCCGGCGGAGGGGGGGGAGAGUAAGAGGAGGAAGUGUGAGGAAAUAAGGCCGGUGCUGCAGCGGUGCUUCUCUGAGAAUAACGCUUCGAUUAUGUCAGCUUUGGACCGAUCGGAUGUGAACCCGGACCUGAUCGGAGACUUCAGCCAGCCCUUUGCGCUGCCGCUGACCAGAGGCAACCACUCAGACUUGAAGAGCAUCUCAUGUGACACCCUGGCCGGCCUCAUACGGGGCGACUUUGAUAACGUCACCGAAUUCCAGGUGAUCGACUGCCGAUACCCCUACGAGUUUGAAGGUGGCCACAUCUCCGGAGCACAGAACCUGUACACCCCCACCCAGAUCCUGUCCCUCGUCCAAGGACCGAGGCCGCAGGGCAAGGUGCUGGUCUUCCACUGCGAGUUCUCCCUGGAGAGAGGGCCUAAGCUCUCUCGCUUCCUCCGCUCCUCCGACCGCGAGAAGAAUAAAGAGAACUACCCCUCCCUCCACUACCCCGAGGUCUACCUCCUCCACGAGGGCUACCGCGCCUUCUACCAGCGACAUCCGGAGCUCUGCUCGCCGGCCGGAUACACCGCCAUGUUGGAUCCGAAACACAGGGAUCUGCUGAGGCAGCACCGCUCUGUACAGCAACCCUCGUCUUCUACGCAUCAUAGGAGGAAUCGGCUGCUGUUUUAGAGGAUAAAAAAAUUUGGUCUACUGGAAAGACCGAUGGUCUACUGAAAAAAGCUAUGGUCUACUGAAAAGACCGAUGGUCUACUAGAGAGACCGACGGGAUUUUGUUAAGACUAGCGUUUCUGGAUUUAGUCUACUCAAAAAAUCUACGGUCUUUCGUAAAGACUGGCUUUCCUAGCUUCGUUUACUUGAAAAACCUACGAUCAACUGCAUAACAUUAACUACUGAAUGAUCUGAAAUACU